AUGAGUACAACUACUGAACAGGAAAAAUCAACAGUGGAAUCACCAUCUCAUGUUUCACCGGAAACAGAAAGUCCUCCACUUGUACCAACAUCAACAACAACCGAUGAUAAUACUGUCAAUCAAGCUCCGGCUGUUGAAGAAGAACAACAAGCACCAGCAACUGCAUCAUCAUGGUUUACUAGUUUUGGGUUGUCACCAAAUUUAACGAAUCAACUAACAAAUCUAAGUUCAUCAUUUAUGCAAGUGACUUCGAAAGUAAGUGCAGCUGCUAAUACACUCGUUCAAAAAACGUUACCACAACGACCUUCAUCACCAAAUGAAAAUGAACAAACAGAUCAAACAACAAAAUAUGACGAUGAGACAACUAAAAAUGAAGAUGAACAGCAAGUGUCUGAUGAAAAUUCAGCUGUUGCUGGAAUCAACAAAGAUUUGACUAGUAUCUUUAAUGAUAUUAGUUCAACUGUGAUAAAAGGUGCUCAACAAUUAAAACAUGUUGUUGAAGAAACAUCAAUCAUUGGUGGUUUUACUAAAGAACAUGAAAAAUUUCUAACUGAAAAACGUACACAACAACGUCGCGAGGAAGCUGCCGUUGCACCAUGGAUUGGUUAUAAUGAAGAAGAUGAUAUGAAAAAUCAAAUUCUAGCACUUUCAAAGGAAAAACGUAAUUUUCUUCGAAAUCCACCGCCGGGAGCAAAUUAUCAUUUUGACAUGGCUGCUGUAUAUCCAGUUGCGUUAGCAACAUUAGACGUCGACGAAAAUUUAAAACAAAUGCGUUUCGAUCUCGUGCCAAAACAAAUUAAUGAAGAAACAUUUUGGUGUAAUUAUUUUUAUCGAGUGAGUUUAAUCAAACAAUCUACGCAAUUAUCGGCUUUAGCACAUGAAAAUACCAACCCUCAAUCGACGGAUGAAACUCAUGGGUCAAAAAAUACGCGCAAUCGUGCAACAUCUGAAUCUCAAGAUAAAACUCAUGAGGCCAAUCAAGAAUUUGUUAGUGAAGAUUAUGAUGGAUCAGCUGUUAGUAUGGAUGAUAUUCGACGUGAAAUUGAACAAUUAACUGUAACCAAAACAAAUCCAAAUAAAGCUAACAGUUCAGAUUUAGAUGACAAUGAAUGGGACAAAGCAUUAGCUGAUGAACUUGACAAUGUUUCUGCUGAAGAACUCGAAGCACAAAUUAAUCAAAUGUUAGCUGGUGAUAAAAAAUAA